GAUAUGGACCCAACAACAAGCUCCACGAAGAAGAAACCUGCUGCUAACAGGAAGAAGCUCGACACCGCUGUCGACGACGACGAUAAGGAAGCCCCCCUCUCGAGCUGCGGAUGCUUCUUCUGCGCGGCGAGGGAGCCCGACGCCCGGGUGCGCCGUGCCGCGCUCUCCGCGUUCUUCCGCGCCAUGCCGCGCAGCGACGACUCCUCCCACGUGCUCGUCGCGAGCUUCGUGUGGAACCUGGCAAUGUCGGACCCCGACGAUCCCGAGCUCCCCUCCGCAGGAGCCCUCCGCUGCAUGGCGCUUCUUAUAGCGAGAGCUCUCGACGACGACGCCGGGCCCUCGUGGCUCCGGCGCCACCAGAACGUCUACAUCCCUUACUACGCCGCCCACGUCAUCGGCUCCUACACUAUUAGGGUUCCGUCGCUCGCGGCGCUCGCCGUGGAGGAGGGGGCCGUGGCCCCGCUCCUCGGGCUGAUGAGGGGGUCCAUGACGUGGGUGGAGCAGCGCGUGGCCGUGCGCGCGCUCGGCCACCUCGCCAGCUACGACGCCACCUACCCCGCCGUGGCGCGGCACGCCGACGAGCUCGUCCCGCUCGCCAUGCACAUCGCCUCCGCCUGCCUCGGCAGAGUCUACGCCGAGUUCCUGGCGGUGUCGCCGCCGCAGCGGGAGCGGUACCACCGUGACCUCCUGACGCGGGGGCUUGGCGGCGCGGAGACCGAGAACCGGAAGGCCGAGGAGUGGGCCAGCCAGCUUCAGUGCUGGUCGCUCUACCUCCUCAGCUGCUUCGCCUUCCGAGACCGGAGGACGCACGGCCUCGUCUGCCGCGACGCCGAAUUCUUGAACGAUUUGUGCCGAAUGUGGGGGGGCGUCGUCAACGCCGACUCCCCCGCGGGGGCCGGGCUGAUGAGGCUGCUCUGCAGGAGCCGCGUCGGCAGGUGCAGCAUCGUGGCGUGUCCGCGGGUCGUCGACAGCCUCUGCAGCCUCUCGCGAUCCUCCGACGACUGGCAGUAUAUGGGGAUUGACUGCCUCUUGCUGCUUCUCGACGACCCUGUGACGCGUCUUCGAGCAGCGAAUAUCGCCGCGCCGUGUCUCGUCGACCUGGCCGAGCUGCGCUGUCUCGGCCCGAGAAAGAACGUCGGCGACGCCAUCGCAAGAUCACUACUGCAACAACAACAACAACAACUUGAUAAUUAUGAUGAUACUAGUCCGCAAAAUUUGAGCCAGGAAGCUGAGUUAGCCAUUAAAAACUUAUGGGUGUUAAAGAUAGAAAGAAAAGAAAGGGAGGAGGCCAUGUCUUUGGACGAGCUGGGUAAGAGAAAAGCGUUAGCUGCACUGAAGAAGCAGGAAGGGAACGAGAAGUUCUACACUGGGGACUUAGAGGGGGCCAUGGCUUCAUACACCGAGGCGUUAGAGCUGUGUCCACUCAAGAGGAGGAAGGAUAGAGUGGUGCUGUACAGCAACAGGGCACAGUGCCGGUUGCUGCUGCGGGAGCCCGACGCGGCCGUAAGCGACGCGACGCGGGCGCUGUCGCUGCCGAGGCAGGCGAAUGGGCACGGGAAGAGCCUGUGGCGGCGGUCACAGGCGUAUGACAUGAAGGGGAUGGCGAAGGAGAGCCUCAUGGACUGCCUUAUGUUUGCGAAUCGGUGGUGGUUCGAGGAGAAGAAGGGGAGUGGAGCCAAGCUUCCCUACUACGUGGUCCGGAUGAUCAACAAGCAGAUGGGCGCCGCAUGGCUCUUCGCCGACGCGGCGUUAAGGAGUAAGGUGGUGAACAAGGAUGGGGACGUUGAUGGUGAUGGUGGUGGUGGUGGU